AUGGUUAAUGCGGCCCUGGUGGCACCAUCAGCAAGUCAUGGUGUGUGGUGGGCUCAUGUCCGGUCCGGUAUGGGAUCAAUGAGCGGUAUGGUGGCGGUGUCUGUGGUGGGACUCUACCGUACGGGGAAGUCUUACCUUAUGAACCGCCUGGCAGGACAACAGUCCGGCUUUGCUCUCGGCAGCACUAUUGAAUCAAAGACCAAAGGCAUCUGGAUGUGGUGUGUCCCUCACGCUAAUAAAAAAGGACACACUCUGGUGCUGCUGGACACAGAGGGACUUGGUGACGUUGCAAAGGGGGAUGAGAAACAUGACACAUGGAUCUUCUGUCUGGCGGUUCUUUUCAGCAGUACUCUAGUGUACAACAGCUUAGGGGUCAUUGACAACAUGGCACUGGAAAAGCUGCACUACGUUACAGAGCUGACGGAAAACAUUUGUGUGAAGGCAGAAGUGGGUCAAGACGAGGAUGGGUCAGCAGAUUUCAUGCGUGUUUUUCCAUCAUUUGUCUGGGCUGUUUGCAACUUCACUCUGCAACUGAUAAAGGAGGAUAAACCAAUAACAUCAGACGAGUAUCUGGGGAGUGCAUUGGAAUUAAAACAAGGUUACUCACGUCAGAUUGACAGGUUUAACCUGCCCCGUCGCUGUCUAUGCAAAUUCUUUGCGGUGAGGAAGUGCUUUGUGUUCCCUCGGCCAGCUAGUACGCAAAACAUGAGAAGAAUGGAGGAACUGACCGAGAAAGAACUGGAUUCAGAGUUCCUUGAGCAGGCAAACACCUUCUGCCAUUACGUCUACAACAAUGCAGAGCCAAAAAUUGUCAAUGGAGGCCGUACAAUUACUGGAACAGCUCUGGGUAAUCUUGCUGAGGUUUAUAUAGAGGCGAUCAGCAACGGGAAGGUUCCAUGUCUGGAGAAUACAGUCGUGUCUCUGGCUAAUGUCCGUGCUGUGGAACAGGCCCUGCAGUUCUACAUGACUGAGAUGCUCAGCAUAGCUCAGCUUCCUAUGCGCCCAGAAGAGCUGUCCGACAUCCACAAAAUUGCAGAGAAGAAGGCCAUUGAAGUUUUUAUCACCAUGACCUUCAAUGACAAUGACCAGAUCUACCAAAAAGAGCUCAUGGGGAAGAUUCAUGAUGAAUAUCAAGAUAUGUGCCAGCAGAAUUAUCAAGCGUCUCUCAUGCAGUGUGAGGAAGUUCUGCGUGUGGUGUUUGAUAAGCUGGAAAAAAGCAUUUCUGAUGGAUCAUACCUGAAACCUGGAGGAUACGGACAGUACAGAGACACGCUCACACAGCUGACCAGUGACUACAGAGCAAAAACACACUCACAAAUAACGGAAAGGGAAGCUCUUCUGCAGCAGGGCUUUCAGCAGGAGGCUGCCCAGAUGCAGAGUGAGAUUGACAGCCUAAAAUCAAACAGGAAUAAACAGGAGACGUCCCAGCCCUCCACGGCGACCAAGGUUUUGGAUGGUAUCGGCACUGCGGCGACUUUGUUCUUGCCAGGCUUUGUUCCUAAAUUAGCUGGUUUUGGUGUGUCCUUGCUUUCAAAACUGUUUUGA